GUGUACUCAGCCAGCAGCUCCGGAUGAGGAAGCAAAGGGCAGGGAGCUGGCUCAGUUGACAGCUGGUCCCGGGUCGAACCAGCUGCAGACCAGGCGCCCUGCACCAGAGCAGCUCCAAGUGGCACCAGGGGACCGAAGACACUCCCUCCAGGGACACCACAGGAACCAUGGGUAACCAAAUGAGUGUCCCCCAAAGAGCUGAAGAGCAGGAGAAUGAUUCAGAAACAGACGCUCACGCGGUGGCGUCUAAGAGGGACUGCGUUCGCAACGGGACGCCGGUGAUGGUGUCAACCUACACGGUGCAACUCUACGACGAAGUGGAUUUGGAGAUAAGAGUCCAGGAAGACAGUGUAGCCGCUUCUUCCCCCAAGACAGUGGACACCAGCGCCGUCGCGGCUGCCAGCGGGAAGAAUCCCGGGAAGGAGGCCAAACCCGGGGCCCCAGCUGCUAAAUCGCAUUUUUUCUUGCCUCUCUCUCGGCCUGUACCAGGGCGUGCCGGAGACCGAGGCGAGGAUUCAUCGGAGCCAGGGCGGCCCGAUGUCAGCGUGGCGGGCGGCCUAGGGCACAAAGGCGCGAGUGACAGCAUGGCCCUGCGGCCGGCAGCUGCGCAGGGCCCUGGCCCCCAUAAAAGCCCCGGCCGGACCCCCGCCGACCACCACGGCCUCGCUGCACCCCGGGGACCCGCGCCUCUGCCACCUGAGUCAGGGGGGGCGGCCCCCGCCAAGCCUAAGGACUCCGGCUUUUUUAACAAACUCUUCAAACUGGACAAGGGACAAGAGAAGGCACCCACUGUCAGCCACCAGGAGGCCGAGGGUGCGGCGCCCGAGGACCAGGCCUUCGACAUCCCUGGCUUCCCUGUGCCGGCCCAGGAUGUCCCCGCGGAGAGGGACAUAGCUGAAGGCGUAGACAAGGGACAGGAAGUCACACCUGUGAGUUGCUCUCUCCCUCGGGACCCUGAAGAAUUGGAGAUUGCCAAGGAGGACCCCCAGACAACAGCUAUCACUGAGGACAAUAAUUCCGUCAUGAGCUUCUUUAAAACACUGGUGUCAUCGAACAAAGCUGAAACAAAGAAGGAUCUGGAAGACACGGCGUGCAAAGCAGAAACUGUCUGUGAUGGGCAAGCUGGGCAGAAGACAUCCGAGAUCCAGGCGAAAGGCGCCAAGAAAAAGCACCUGAAUAGCCCCAGGCUAGGACUCUCCUUUAGACGGUUCUUUAGGCAUAAGGGUGCUGAAAAGUCACCUGCUCGGUCAGCAGACCUGAAGUCAGACAAAGCCACCGUUGUACCCCAGGAGACCCAAGGGGCAGCCAAGAAUCCUACACCCACAGAAACGGCAAAGGAGGGUGCCAAGCAGAAGGGGGGCCCCCCCUCUCUGCCUCUGAGCAAACUGUUCUGGAAAAAGUCAGUUAAAGAGGAUUCCAUCCCCACAGGUGCAGAGGAGAAUGUGGUGUGCGAAUCACCGGUAGAGGUUAGAAGGUCCCAGGAAGUAGACUCCGCCUUACAAACAGUGGAUCUCAAUGAUGAGGCGGAGGCCACCCCUGCACCCGCAGAAGGAAAACUCAAAAGAGAAGAACGCAAGCCACCGGCAAACUCCCUGAUGGCGUUCCUCAGACAAAUGUCAGUGAAAGGGGAUGGAGGGACCGCCCACUCAGAAGAAAUAAAUGGGAAAGACUCCAGCUACCAAACUCCGCACUCCCCGCAGAAGGCCCCCGCGCCACCCGAGCCCGAGCCUGCAGGAGCAGGGGCGAGCCAGAAGGGCAAGGAGGGCUCCGCCAAGGACAAGGACAAGGAUAAGAAGACAGUGGCCGAGAGCAACAAGCCGCGGAACAACAAGCAGGAAGCCAAAGAGCCGGCCCCGUGUGCGUGUGUGGAGCCCGCCGUGGCCGUGGCCAUGGUCCAGGCCAACACGCUGCAGAAUGGGGACCGGCUCCAGAAGAGACCUGAGAAGCGGCGCCAGUCCCUUGGGGGCUUCUUCAAGGGCCUGGGACCAAAGCGGAUGAUGGACGCUCAAGUGCAAACAGACCCCGUAUCCAUCGGACCAGUUGGCAAACCCAAGUAAACAAAUCGCCACGGUUCCCACCAUGUCCUCCUGCCUCCAAGAUGCCUCCUCCCUCCCCACCUCCUCCCCAGCCCACGCCAUGUAUAUAUGUUUCCCUCUGAUGGCCACAGAAUGAAAUGCUGCCAAAAACCACGCCUGAGCCGCUGUACAUUGAGAUGUAUUAUUUAUGUCUCUGGUCCGAUCUUUGCUGGGUAAAUAAUCGCAAGGAUGGCUUAGCAGGUUCACUCGUCAGGUCAGAAGAGUGGGUGGUGGGGUGGGGUGGAGAAAUCCCUCUGGUUGAACUAUGAAGCAUGGCAGCGACAAGUUGCAGGAAAGAAAUGAUUUGUCGUAAACGGGCUCGCCCAAGAAGAGAGGAAAAUCUGCUUAAGUUCACGUUUCAAGGAGGGAAGGCCUGGGCUCCGUCUGGGGAGGCUGCCAGUUUCCCAGAGCGGCGUGUGUGGGGAGGGAAGAGAGGAAUGAAUAUGAGUCGUUUUUCACACAGGGUCCUUGAACGUAUUGACAAGAGGGGCCAGACUGACUGGAGUGGGCUUGAAACAGUUUGGGCAAACAAUUGCUUUGUUGAGGCUCAGUGACAAGGGCGAGGAUUACAACUUAAAAAAACAAAACACACA